GAAGUCCAUGGAGUGCUAUUAGAGUUCAUCCGGCUCAACCCCCGGGCCUGGGCCCCCCUGGUGUCUUCCUGGGCUGUGGACUUGUUGGGGCAGCUGAGCAGCAAGCACGCUGGCCGCAGAGUGGCCCCCCACUCCUCCAGCCUCAAUGAGCUGCUCCAGCUCUGGAUGUCUUGUGCUGCCACCCGGUCACUCAUGGAGGCCUACUCACAGUGUUUGGCUGCCAUGCUGGCGUGGUGCCCUGACGCCUGUGUGGAUGCGUUGCUGGACACCUCGGUUCAGCACUCCCCGCAUUUUGACUGGGUGGUGGCACACAUUGGGUCCGCCUUCCCGGGUACUAUCAUCAGCCGAGUCCUGGCGUGUGGACUCAAGGAUUUCUGCUCUCAUGGUGCCAAAGACCAAGGUGUAAUGUUGAUGGGAGUAGAAAAAGGAAACAGAGUGCCUAAGAUUGGCUCAGUGGUGGGAAUCCUAGGUCACCUUGCAGCACAUCACUCAGACAGCAUCAGGAAGGAGCUGCUCAGGAUGUUUCAGGAGAGCCUGAGUCCAUCGAGCCCCCUUUCUCCCACUUCAUCCUCCACUUCCUGGGAGAGUUCCCCUCAGCUCCGUCGAGCUGCAGUACCAUUUCUGCUGCAGCUGGCUGCAAUGUCCCCUAACCUCUUUGGUGCUGUGUCCGCAGAGCUGGUAGAGCUCUUACGCCCCCCUGUCCUGCUCCAGCUGCAGGCCUUGCUGCAGGGCCUCCCCAGAGAAGAACUGGAUAACAUGCUAGGUCUUGCUGUCCAUCUCAUCAGCCAGAGUCCAUCAGGAGGGGCCCGGGUCCUUCGAUUUUUGGCAGACACAGCGACUCCAGCCUCUGUCAUCAUUUCUGGCCCAACACCCUCCCCUCAUGAAGGAGUCAGAGAAGGUUGUGAUCGCCUCCUCCAGAUGCUGCUUCUGCAUCUCCAUAAACUGGUUUUCAACCGCUCAGAUGGAGUGGAAGGAAAACACCAUCACUCAGCUUCAUCUCAACCUCAGAGGGUCAUCCCUUUCUUAGAGGAGCUGCAGUCUCAUGUAGGUGAGCUGUGUGCUGAGACGCUGCGACUGGAGAGAAAACGUCACCUCUGGCUGCACCAGCUUCUGUGUCUUCUUUCAGUCUGUGGGGGUCCCAGUGUGGCCACAGAGGCCCUCUGCCAACUAUUCACACAGGCCCGUAACCCAGAGGAGCUGGCUCUGGCCUGGCAGCUUCACACCACGCUCUCCUCCUGCAUGGCAGGACUCAUUCCCGCUGCAGUGACUCGCUGUGUGGCCCAGAUCCACACACACACCCUGGGGCCCCGGCAGCUGAGGCAGCUCCUGCUUAACCUGGCUGCAGCCAUCCAGAGUCAGGAUGAGGAGAGAAGAGGAUCAGGGGGCGCUCAGUCCUCCAUGGCUGUCCAGGUGGGCUCAGCAGUCUCAGUACACCUCCAUGAUUUCGGCCCGCUCCUUCUCCAUGGUGACCCGGCUGUAUCUCAUGCCACAGUGCGCCUCAUAUCCUGUAGCCCCCUCCCUCGCACCUCCUCGCCAGCACACCUGCUCCUGCUGUCCCGUGCUGCUGUCACUCAUUUCUUUCUGGCACUGCGGAGAAGAGGAGAAGGUGGUAUGGUGGGAAGAGAUGUCGGGCAGGCUGGUGAGGCGGUGAACUGUUCGGUCCUGCUCCUGUCCCGUUUAGCAGCGUACUCUCCACUCACUCUGAAGGCAGUGCUUCAGCAGCUCGUUGAGGGAGCACUACAUAAAGGCAACGCUGAGCUGUUUGGAGGGCAGAUCGCUGACAUGUCUGGUGCCCCUUUGCCUGCCCCCUCUGUGUCCCCCGACGUCGGAGCCUCGCUGCUAGACAUCAACUGUCGGUUUGGCACCACCGUCAACUUUUCUGGUAGCGUGUGGUCCGUAUUUCAUGCUGGAGUAAUCGGCAAGGGGUUGAAGGUCCGCACUGACACACAGCUGCCUGACCCAUCUAGGGUCAUCCAGAAUGUCCAGACUCUUCUGACUGUCGUAGUCCAGUGUUGCAGCUCCUAUGGUCUCAACGGAUCUAUCAACGGUUCACGACCACCAUCUAACCCUGACGAGCCGUCGCCCAUCAACGCUGAGGCAGCCAAGGUUGUUGCAAUCACACUGGUGGAAAAUGUCUGUCCGGAUGUGGCCAAUGGGGAGCUGUCCUGGCCCCCAGAGGAGCAUGCCCGCACCACGGUGGAGCGAGACAUCCACAUUCGACGCAGCUUUGAGGCCCACCCAGUGAUUUUCCCUCUACUACAGGUGGUGGCAGCUGGACGCCCGGCUCUCUGCUACUGCUCAGCUGUGCUCAGAGGCCUCCUGGCCACUCUGCUAGCCCACUGGGAGGCGUCCCGCGAGAUGUCAUCCACAGACUCCCCAUGGCACCUCCAAGCCUCCUGCCUCCUGGUGUCCUGCAUGGGAGAAGGCCAGCUCCUGCCUCCUGUGCUGGCCAACGUCCACGAAGCCUUCCCCCACCUAACUCCCUUUGAGGUGCGGCUGCUCCUCCUGGCUGUGUGGGAGUAUGUGAGAGGCAAUGGACCAAUGCCCCAGAAGUUUGUCUUCAGCUCAGAGAAGGGUCUGUUCUGCAGGGAUUUCUCACGGGAUGGCGAUGUGGCGAGAUACGUGGCGCCGAUUCACAGCGUCCUGCAUAAAAACAUUGAUAGAUUAGGACACCUGUGCUGGCGGUUCCAGCUCUAAAGUGUAGUAGGGAGCAAACUGUGAAGAAAAAUAAUUGAAAUACUGUGUUACAUUGCUCCAAGAGUGGACUGCAAAGUUGCUACCACCGUACUUCAGUUUCAUACAAGUAGAGUUCCGUGUGUGUGUGUGUGUGUGUG